GUCACGUUCCCACAAUGCACGCGCCCAUCAGCUCCAGCGCUGCUGUGUUUAGAGGGAAAGAAACAGCAGGCCCGAAAAAUACACACAUUAUUGAACAAAAAAUAAAUUAUCCACUGCGAAUAGUUUUUGAGAAUUCGUCGACAUAUGGCUGGGAAACGAAUUUUUUAUUUGCACCCUUGCGAGAUGUAGAAUGGAGGAAUGCAUGUGAACUGCGACUUUAGCGGGGAUCAAAAGUUUCUGGGAGGGAGUAAUAGUGGACAUGCGUUUUCCGGAGGUCUGUCAAGAUAAUGAAUGUGCUUUUGUGAGACUUGAAACAGAAGACUGAACAUGCAAAAAAAACAAUCUUUAUUCCCUAGAAAAAUCACCUGUUGGAGCUUCUUCUCAGAUGUACACUGACAUACUCCCUGAGAACUACCCAUAUAUGUGAGAAAAUGUUUCAUGGCAAAGACCAGCUAAACAGCCACCUGCAAAACCAUGACCCCAACAAGCAGGAACUGCGGUGCGAGGAAUGCGGAAAGCAUUACAACACUCGCCUGGGUCUUAGACGCCACGUGGCCACACAUGCCACCUCCGCCAGCGGUGACCUCACCUGUAAGGUCUGUCGUCAGGCGUUCGAGAGCAUGCCGGCGCUACUCGAGCACCUGAGUACGCACACUGGCCGGCCACCUCCGGGGACUGUGGUACGAGAAAGGAAGCAUCAGUGUGAACGGUGCGGCCGCCGCUUCUUCACUCGCAAGGAUGUGAGGCGCCACGCGGUGGUGCACACUGGCAGACGGGACUUCCUGUGCCCGCGUUGCGCCCAACGCUUUGGCCGUCGCGACCACCUCACCCGACACCUGAAGAAAAGCCAUGCGCAAGAUUUGGAGACCCUUCCUCCGAUGCCCAUUAAAGAGGAGCACAGUCCAACCCUGUGCUCUGUUGGAUCUCCAAAAGAUGCCACAGAGGCGUUUUCAAUGGCCAUGUUCAACCCUCAAGGCCUUCCGAGCACAUCUACCUCAGGGGUCAGUCAUCACCAUCACACGAUGGUGUCUGGCCCCCUUUCGAGCCCAAUGGGUGUGGGCUGCUACCUUGAGCCAAACAAGCCUCCUCCGCAGCAGUACCAGCAGGCUUCCAGAUAUCAGCCGAGUUCCACUACCUCAUAUCUGAAAGUGGAGAUGGAGAACUUCCUGACCGAGCUCCAGUGCGGGCCAAUGCCACCGCAGGCCGCUGUAGCGACUGCCGUCUCCCGGCCUGGCGACCUUCUCCCUGACAGUCUGGGAGGUCAGAGUGCCCAUUUCACUCUCAGGAACUCGGCGUUCACCUCAGCUGAGCCGCCUACCACCUCCGCCAACAUGGACCUCUCGCACCUGUUGGGCUUCCUGCCGUUUGGCCUGCCUCCCUACAGCACUCCCUUGGGAUACUCGACCAACGCUGUGUCCCCAAGCCCUACCUCUCAGCUCUCUGGGCCACUUACCUCAUUUCAGCCACAGUCACUGCAUGAGCCUCAGGCUUCAGGGCACUUAAACCAGCUCUCUGGUUUCUCUCCAACUCUACCUCGAUUUCAUCAGGCCUUCCAGCAAUGAUGUUGCCCGUGUCCACUAUGACCUGCCAGUCAAACGCGACAGCUCUGUUGCGUCUUUGCCAAGUAGCUUAUAGGUAAUGAACUGGAGAUGGUGAAGUUUGUUGGGUGCGAGGUCUUCAAAUGGAUCCUGUAGAAUUAGAUAAAAGGAUCACUAGGAUAGAUGGAGUUUUGCUUUUAGUUUUGAAUAGUUUUAACUUUGUGGUUUUUCCUAGAGGGUCUUCAGAGUAACUGUUUUGUAGUGAUAAAUGAACUUAUAAAAUUCAUUAAAAAAAACUGAAAGUGAAAAGUUAGCUAAAGAAAUACCUCAAUAUUUUUGUCAAGAAGGAAAAUAAUGCUAUUACAGUGUUCUCCGUUGUAUAAUGAAGCACUUUUUAUCAACGGCACUUCUACGACUAAAGGUGUGGUCACAUUUAUUGUUCUGCGAAUUUUCAUCUGCAAAAUCCAGUUAUUUCAAUAGGAAUCCACGUGGGUACUUUUGCAUGCGAGUGAAAGAUUUCCCUGCACAAUUUUCACAACCAAGUCAUAUGGUCAUGUAUAUUUGCCGCAUUGACCACCAAAAAUUUGCUUAGUUUGAAAGUGACUUCUGUGUGCGCUGUGCUUCAUACAUCUACACUAUUGACCUUUUUUUGUCCAUGAAAUUUGCUAAUGUGACCGCACCAUAAAAGUCAAGUUGAACUGUGUUCUUAGAUGUACCUCUCAGCUCACGGUCACACAACACAAAAAAACCUACCUCUCUAAGCUGAACUCUUGUCACGAAAAGGAUUCAACCAUUUGACAAGAAAUGAAGCAAAUCCUCACGCAAAUUGCGUGAAGAACGUUAUAUCAUUUGAUUUUCUUUUUCUUUUUGAAUGCUCAGUGGUUUAGUUAUGAAAUUUUUAGAGUAAGGUGAUUAAUUAGCAUUUAAUUAAUUGUUGAUUUUAGCCUUUAGGUAAAAGUUUUUAGGCGCUGUUGUGUUCACAUCCUUAAUGCUAAUGAAAGGAAUCACAGUUAUUGUGGAGACUCUUCUCCUGUAAAUCCCCAUCUCUCUCUGUUCAUUCCAGAGUAUUUUGUGAAUGAAAUGCAGAAUAAAGCAUUGAUUCUUCUGGAAUUGAAAAUCAAUGAAAAGUGAACAUUUGUUUAAAAUUAAGUAGCCCAUUCUGACAAAUUCCUAAUAUGGGAACUAAGUAAAAUAUAACUUUAAUUUUUUGUUUAGUAAUAAACAAGAAUAGAUCAAAUUUGCGCCCUGAAUAUUCAUGUAAAAAAUGCUUAUACUGAUUUUACACAAUACAUAGUUCUCACACUACAAAGUUUCCCUCAGUGUUUUGCCUGGAUUCAGAAGUUUCAGACAAAAUUAAUCUUAGCACAUACCCAGUUAUUGCUGAAAAGCACUUCAUGUAUCUCUCCAAGCUAAACCAGGAGCACUGUCAGAAAAGAAAAUGUUUUGUCAUGUAAAUUUGAAUGGUAUUUUAGCACUGCUUUCCUGUCUGUUCUUUUGACUCAGUGUUACACGCACCAGUGGCCUAUAAGGUAACUGUGAUGGCAUGUGUUGUCAACUCCAUUUUGUUUAGGCCAGCUGAAGGUGAGAAAUCAUUUCAUGAGUUUUUAUUUUAUUUAGAAACCAUCAUGGGCGUUUCCUUCUUUGGCUGAACUGAAAUGAAAUUGACCUUAACUCAACUGUGAUAUUUAGACUCCGACUGAUCUACCUCAGUGAGAUGCACACUGUGCACAGCUGUACUGUACCUUUAGUGAGAAAUGUAAAGUUUCAAUGGCUGUUUAGCUGGAGUAAACAGGUGUUUUACAUCUUUAAAAUUCCAAGCAUUGGCAUUUUUGGGUUCCAAGGACUGUUUGUUUUCAUAAACAUUCUGAAAGCAAAAGUGGGCGAGUGAGAUAUUAAGGUGUGUGCGGAAAGAAACAAUGUUAAGGAUGAAUUAAGAAAUAAAGCAUCUUGUAGAA